CACGCCUGACAUACAAUUUAAUUUAUACAAUUUAUUUUUAAUAUCAUUCAAUCUGAACCUUUCGUCCACACCUAUCACCAUGCAGAACGAAUACGGACAGGGCAUGUCUCACGCCACCGGCGACUCGAAAGUCCCCGGCAAAGUGCAGGAGAAGGCUCCCCAAGGGCUUGAAGAAUCCUUGCCCAACAAGCUCCACGACACCGGUUCCGGGACUGGUCGCGUCACCCACGCUCUGAACGACGGCGAAGACUCCAUCGUCCCCAAGGGCAUCCAGAAGGCUGUCCCCGAGAAGCUCGAGCGCGCUUUGCCCAACAAGAUCCACAACACUGGCGAUGAAUAGAUGAUUUCGCGUGUCCGAUUGUGCCAACUUCAUGAUAUAUGUACCCUUUGAUGAUGGCGGAAUGAAUCAUGUUAUGAUCUUUGGUUAUGAGGAAAUGUAAACUACGUUCAUUUUAGUUGCUUGAUACAGAUCGAAAUACGAUAUUCUGGAAACUGGUUUACA